UGAAACCCUCCUUUUCUUGCAGACUCCCCCCGCGCGCGCGCGCGCUCUCUCUCUCUCUCUCUCCCUGGUCUCUGUCUCUUAGCACAGAGCUCUUAUUCAGCCCUGCUCUUACCCUUCCUGCUCAAAUUGUAUUGCUUUUUCAUCCUGGCCACAAACCACUGACGACAGAAACAACACAUUUCCUGCAAACGGCCGAUUCCGGUGGCCCUGGCAUUCCUUCGGAUGAGACAAUCCAGGCGUCUGGACUAAACACAGCCUCCUCCUGAAUCAUACCUGAGGUUCGGGUUCCCUGGAAAAAUCUGGAUGUGUUAAAAAGAACUCUGAGGGCCGAUGCCGCUUUUCCGCCGCUAAGGUGUCUUCCCGGCCGGCUACCCAGGGCGCGUUGGAAUGGCUGUAAACAUCUCUGGCGACUCUCAGAUCUCCCGCAGUAAAGAUGAAAUUAUAUGGAGAGGCUUACUUGAAAUCUUAUUGUAGUGUGGACUGUGGCAUUCCGAGCUGCCGCCUCUGAUACUCCUCACAAGGGUAAAUGUGCUGAGAUGGAGAAAAGAAUCAAGUAGAUUCUCAUGGAGGUAUUAAUCAAGGCACCAUCUCAGAAGGACAAAGUAAUGGUUGCGCUGGCGUUUUCCUAAGGACCUGCUGCCCUUGGAAGGCACUGGAAGGUGGCUGGCUGCUCAGAGCAUUCCACUGGCCGGAGUCUGGUGCCGGGAUUACGGGCGGGCCGCCCUGUGGCCAUGGGCUGCCAGGAAGACCGUCCUGCUUGUUAACACCGGCCCUGUCUAUGAGUCUAUGAGCAGUCAGCGUGGCUUCUCGGCCCUCCCUGUGUCCUGGGUCUCCGGCUUCCUGGGGAGCCUCCUGUCUGCUCCGGCUGGCUGCUCGGCCCGGUUCCCUCGGCCUUCUGUCACCCCGACACCUGCGGAUGUGGAUGUGAACCAUGUCAAGGCCCAAGGGGCUGUUAUGGGUCCCACUCUUCUUCACCCCGGUCUGCGCCAUGUUCAAUUCCAAUGUCCUGCUAUGGCUGGCCGCGCUGACCCUCAAGUUCAUGCUCAUCGACGGCCAGGCUCAGUACCCUGUCGUCAACACCAACUACGGCAAGAUCCGUGGCCUAAGAACGCCAUUGCCCAAUGAGAUUUUGGGGCCCGUGGAGCAAUACUUGGGGGUACCCUAUGCUUCCCCUCCUACGGGAGAGAGGCGGUUCCAGCCCCCGGAGCCCCCUUCCUCCUGGACGGGGGUUCGGAACGCCACCCAGUUCGCCGCCGUCUGCCCCCAGCACCUGGACGAGAGGUCUUUGUUGCACGACAUGCUGCCCGUGUGGUUCACUGCCAACCUGGAUACCCUCAUGACCUACGCGCAGGACCAGAAAGAGGACUGCCUGUACCUGAACAUCUACGUGCCCACGGAAGACGAUAUCCACGAUCAGAACAGUAAGAAGCCAGUUAUGGUGUACAUCCACGGAGGCUCUUACAUGGAGGGCACUGGCAAUAUGAUUGACGGCAGUAUUUUGGCUAGCUACGGCAAUGUCAUCGUCAUCACCAUCAACUACCGUCUGGGAAUACUAGGGUUUUUAAGCACCGGCGACCAGGCGGCUAAAGGGAACUACGGGCUGCUGGACCAGAUCCAGGCACUCAGGUGGGUCGAGGAGAACGUCGGGGCCUUCGGCGGAGACCCGAAGCGCGUGACCAUCUUCGGCUCGGGGGCCGGGGCCUCCUGCGUCAGCCUGUUGACCUUAUCGCACUAUUCAGAAGGUCUGUUUCAGAAGGCCAUUAUCCAGAGCGGAACAGCCCUGUCCAGCUGGGCGGUGAACUACCAGCCGGCCAAGUACACGCGAAUCCUGGCGGACAAGGUGGGCUGCAACAUGCUGGACACCACGGACAUGGUGGAGUGUCUGCGCAACAAGAACCACAAGGAGCUGAUCCAGCAGAGCAUCACCCCCGCCACCUACCACAUCGCCUUCGGGCCCGUCAUCGACGGCGACGUCAUCCCCGACGACCCGCAGAUCCUCAUGGAGCAGGGCGAGUUCCUCAACUACGACAUCAUGCUGGGCGUCAACCAGGGCGAGGGCUUGAAGUUCGUGGACGGCAUCGUGGACAACGAGGACGGCGUGACGCCCAACGACUUCGACUUCUCCGUGUCUAACUUCGUGGACAACCUGUACGGCUACCCCGAGGGCAAGGACACGCUGCGGGAGACCAUCAAGUUCAUGUACACGGACUGGGCGGACAAGGAGAAUCCCGAGACGCGCAGGAAGACCCUGGUGGCGCUGUUCACCGACCACCAGUGGGUGGCCCCCGCCGUGGCCACGGCCGACCUGCACGCGCAGUACGGCUCCCCCACCUACUUCUACUCCUUCUACCACCACUGCCAGAGCGAGAUGAAGCCCAGCUGGGCCGACUCAGCCCACGGCGACGAGGUGCCCUAUGUCUUCGGCAUCCCCAUGAUCGGCCCCACCGAGCUCUUCAGCUGCAACUUCUCCAAGAACGACGUGAUGCUCAGCGCCGUGGUCAUGACCUACUGGACCAACUUCGCCAAAACGGGGGAUCCGAACCAGCCCGUUCCUCAGGAUACCAAGUUCAUCCACACCAAACCCAACCGCUUCGAGGAGGUGGCGUGGUCGAAAUACAACCCCAAGGACCAGCUGUACCUGCACAUCGGCCUGAAGCCCAGAGUGCGGGAUCAUUACCGGGCCACCAAAGUGGCCUUCUGGCUGGAGCUGGUCCCCCACCUGCACACCCUCAACGAGAUCUUCCAGUAUGUCUCCACCACCACCAAGGUCCCACCCCCCGACAUGACCUCCUUCCCCUACGGCACCCGCCGAUCGCCCGGCAAGAUCUGGCCCACCACCAAACGCCCGGCCAUCACGCCCGCCAACAACCCCAAGCACGCCAAGGACCCUCACAAGACGGGGCCCGAGGACACGACGGUCCUCAUCGAAACCAAACGGGAUUACUCGACCGAGCUGAGCGUCACCAUCGCCGUGGGGGCGUCCCUGCUCUUCCUCAACAUCCUGGCCUUCGCUGCCCUCUACUACAAGAAGGACAAGCGGCGACACGAGACGCACCGGCGUCCCAGCCCCCAGAGGAACACCACCAACGACAUCGCUCACAUCCAGAACGAGGAGAUCAUGUCCCUGCAGAUGAAGCAGCUGGAGCAGGACCACGAGUGCGCGUCCCUGCAGGCCCACGACACGCUGAGGCUCACCUGCCCCCCGGACUACACCCUGACGCUGCGCAGGUCCCCAGACGACAUCCCCCUCAUGACACCAAACACCAUCACCAUGAUCCCCAACACCCUGACGGGGAUGCAGCCGUUGCACACGUUCAACACCUUCAGUGGCGGACAGAACAGUACGAAUCUACCCCACGGACAUUCCACCACCCGAGUAUAGCUUUGAGGCCCCCCGCCCCUUCCCCGCACCCUGCCCUCCAGCCACACACGGAAGACCGCGCCAGACAAGGCAAGGCCGCCAGACCAGGAAUGGUUUCCACCUCGCCACCCUGGGACGCGCGCACGGAACAGGGCGGCCGCGUCCCUGCGGCCGCGUCCCUGCAGACGCGUCCCUCCCGUGCUUCCCGGUGUGACGAGAUCCACGCCCGGCCCUACGGAAAUGUGAAAUCCUGUCCAUUUUCCUUGCCGAUCUCCGCCCCUCCAAACCGACACGCGGCGUGACCGGGAGGUGGCCAUGCCCAGGCCCCGGACGUGUCACACGGCGGGCGGCGUCACAGCUGCUGACGGCUCUGGGACUCGGCCAGAGGCAUCCUUGUGUUUCUUUUUCGGUUUUCAGGUUUUUUUUUUUUUUUUUUAAAUGACAACUGGGGGAGGGGGAUUUAAAAAAAAAAUAAAAAGUUCUUUACGUGCCAUGCCACAGAUGGCUCGAUGUUCGCCAAGAAAGAGCCUCUGGGGCUUUUGUGCGGCCUAAGGAGCUAUCAUCCAGAGAGAGAGAAAAGUAGAAUUUUACGGUUCGAAUCCAAGACUUGACUAUGCAGCGAAAUCCAUACCGUUCUGUGCAAAGGGACGUUUUGCCAGCCUGAACUCUAUUUAAGAAACUUUGUACAAAUUAAAAGAAAGGGAGAAAAAAAAAAAAUGUAUAUAGCUGUGAGUUGGAAACAAAAAACAAAGGGGGAAAAAAAAAAAAAAAAAAGCUUUUUUCGGUGUUUUCCGUUUGAAAGAGCUUUCCGCGAGCUUGUGCUUCUCAUCGUGGUCCGUAUGUAUAUAAAUAUCUAUCUCUAUAUACUCAUCCAUGUCACCUGUGUUUCCUUCCCAGCGACAGAGGCUUUUCUUCUCCAUUCCUCGCGGCCCACGAAGACGUGGCAUUUUUUCUAACGUCUUUCCAUCUGCAGGAGGACGGAGCAUCGUCCAGAAGACCCGGGAGCAUCCGCGUGGCCUGGUCCCCAUUUUGCGUGGCCCCAGUGCAUGCCACGGCGUUGUCGGGGGACUGUUGUUUCGGAAAACUCUUGAUUUGUGUGCGUCUGCCUUCACGGAGUUGAGACACAAAGCUGGGUCCCCCGAGCGGAAGGUCUUUAAAGGUGGUCCCGGGAGAGACGGCGUGUGCACACCAAACGGCGUCGGGUCGGGCUGGGGGGGCCUACAGACAGAAGCCCUGACAGGUGUCCUGUCUUGCUGGAACAGUGGCUGCCCUCCCCCUGCCCAAGGCUCUACCAGAAAAGGGAAGAGAGGUAGUCUUUGGCGGGGCUGUCCCCUACCACGUCAAUGAGACUCUGUUCCCCGGCAGCUGCGGGCGGGUUUGGCCAGGGCAGGGCCCGCACGGCUUGGCUGGUCCUA